AUGGCUUUCUCUCGCUCUUCUAUGCUAGCCCUGGCGGUUACCUCGUUGGUGUCUGGGGCCUCUGCCCAACUGGAGACAUGCAGCAACACCAACACCUUCAGUUGCCAGAGCUCGUCCACGAAUCCGACCUGCUGCUUCAAUUACCCCGGCGGUGCCCUCUUGCAGACUCAGUUCUGGGAUACCAACCCAUCCACUGGCCCCACUGACUCCUGGACUAUCCACGGUCUGUGGCCCGACAACUGUGACGGCACCUACGAGUCCAGCUGCGACUCCGCUCGUGCCUACACCAACAUCUCAGACAUCCUGACAGCCCAGGGUCGCACCGAUCUCCUAUCCUACAUGCAAAACUACUGGGUCGACAUCAACGGCGACGACGAGAGCUUCUGGGCUCACGAGUGGGGCAAGCACGGCACUUGCAUCAACACCAUCGAUCCCAGCUGCUACACCAACUACUCCUCGCAGGAGGAAGUCGGCGACUUCUUCCAAAAGGUUGUUGACCUGUUCAAGGGUCUCGAUACGUACCAGGCCCUCUCCGCUGCUGGCAUUACCCCCAGUAGCUCCAAGACCUACACUCUGAGUGAAAUCCAGGCUGCCCUGACCAGCCUGCACGACGGCGCGUCGGUCUACCUCGGCUGCUCCAGCGGCUCGCUGAACCAAGUUUGGUACUUCUUCAAUGUGGCUGGCAAUGCUAUUGAUGGCCAGUACCAGGCUGUUGACACUCUUACCAAGUCGAACUGCCCCAGCAGCGGUAUCAAGUACGUGCCCAAGUAA